GCCAACACGUGGCCCCCAGGAGUAUUUUUCUAAAGGUAAGCAAUAAUAAAUAUCAACUUUUGUGUGGUGCCAAGAACAACUCGGAGCCUCACAAUAUAAGACAUGUACUUCAACACAAAGUCACCCUCCUGGCCCAAGUGUCUUUUUAUGUUCUUACUGAUCCCCUGUAUAUCUUCUUAGAAGAAGUGUCUAAAAAAAAAAAAAAAAGAAGAAGAAGAAGUGUCUAUUUAAAAUGGGCUCUGUUCUUUUACUGAGAAAAAAAAAAAAAAGAGGAGUAAAAGAUUUCAAAAUUCAAACUCUAAAUAUACCAGGCACUCUCAAAGUUUUGAAGACUUUAAAAGCAUAAUUAAUUUAUUUAGUAGAAUAAUAUAAUCUCUUGUGAUCUCUGAAGGAGAAUUCCUGAGGAACAGGAAAAAGAGAAAGGUCAUCUUCACUCUUGUCAUAUUUCUCUCUUCACCCCCUUAGGAAGUCAUGAAUGUGUCAGAAGUCAACACAGUUACUGAAUUCAUACUCCUGACGUUUUCCUGCUCCAGAGAGAUUCAGAUCCUUCUCUUCAUACUGUUCUCUGUGUCUUACAUUCUGACAUUGAUGGGGAAUGGGGCCAUCAUCUGUGCAGUGAAGAUGAGCCACAGGCUCCAGACACCCAUGUACAUUCUGCUGGCCAAUUUCUCCUUCCUGGAGAUCUGUUACAUCAACACUACUGUUCCCAAUAUGUUAAGGAACUUCCUGUCUGAGACCAAAACCAUCUCCUUCACAGCCUGUUUCCUCCAGUUCUACUUCUUCUUCUCCAUGGGUAUCACUGAGACCUUCUUACUACCUCUCAUGGCUUUUGAUCGGUACUUAGCCAUCUGCCGACCCCUUCACUAUCCUACCCUCAUGAGCACUCGUCUCUGCACACACUUGGUGACUCUCUGCUGGGUAACAGGGUUCCUCUGUUACCCACUCCCUAUAUAUUUUAUCACUCAACUUCCUUUUUGUGGCCCCAAUAUCAUUGACCAUUUUGUUUGUGACCCUGGUCCUAUUCUGGCCCUGUCCUGUAUCCCUGCCCCUGGAAUUGAGCUUUCUUGUUCUAUCUUGAGCUCUCUUAUCAUUUUUAUCACUUUUUUCUUCAUCAUUUGGUCCUAUAGUCUGGUUCUCAGAGCAGUGUUACAAGUGCCUUCAGCAGCUGGUAGACAUAAGGCCUUUUCCACCUGUAGUUCCCACCUGGCUGUGGUGUCUCUGUUCUAUGGAACUAUCAUGAUGAUGUAUGUUAGCCCAUCCUCUGGAAAUCGAGUUGGGAUCCAGAAGAUUGUGACCUUGAUCUACUCAACAGUGACCCCACUUAUAAACCCUCUGAUCUACAGUCUUCGGAACAAGGAUAUGAAAGCUGCUUUGAAAAAAGUUCACGUGUGUACAAAAAAUAGUCAAACCAAGUAA